AUAGAAAUCUAUAGCGUGACACAACAGUGACCUAGUGGACCAAACCAACAUUCCACUAUCAACAUUAUUCUUUCUUCUUUGGCAUCAUUUGACCAAAACCUAUUCUUUUCUUUCUAUCUAUGACCCUUCCUCUUUAUCAACGCCCUUAACUCCUUUCACUUUUUUUCCCCUCUUUUUCUUCUCCUUUCUAAGUACUAUGACAGUUGAACUCAUAAUGGAAUACAGAAACAAUAAAUUCCAAGAGAAUGCAGUUGAAGAAGCUGCUUCUGGUUUACAAAGCAUAGACAAACUCAUUAAACUGCUAUCUUCAAAUUCAAAGUCUAACUCCAUGGAAUUCAUUGAAAUUGAUCAAAUGGACUACAAAACAGUUGCUGAUGUAGCUGUUUCAAAGUUUAAGAAUGUUAUUUCACUUUUGAAUAAUCAAAACAGAACAAGAACUGGUCAUGCUCGUUUCAGAAGAGCACCUUUACCUUCUUCUUCUACAACCCUUUCUGAAACUAUAGUCUACCAUGCUACUCCGUUGCAGCAGAUCCCACCUCUAGCUCCCAAAACUAUCAUUGAUUUUUCUCAUAAUUCCUCUGCUAAUUCAUUCAUGUCUUCCUCAUGUUCAUUGAAGAAAAAGUGUAGUAGUUCCUCUGGCCACUGUCAUUGUUCAAAGAAGAGAAAAAUGAGGUUGAGAAGAGUGGUGAGGGUAGCGGCCAUAAGCUUGAAGAUGGCUGAUAUUCCAACUGAUGAUUAUUCUUGGAGGAAAUAUGGUCAAAAACCCAUUAAAGGAUCACCUCAUCCAAGGGGCUAUUACAAGUGUAGCAGUGUAAAAGGUUGUCCAGCUCGGAAACAUGUAGAAAGAGCUUUGGAUGAUUCAUCUAUGUUGGUAGUUACUUAUGAAUGAGAGCACAAUCACUCACUCUCUACAACUGAAGCUAAUAAUCUCAUCUUAGAAUCCUCUUGAACUUAAUUGAAUUGGCUAGCUAGUCUUCACAAAAUAUAUUCUUUCUCAUGCCUUUGGUAGAUUAUAAUUAACUUGUACAAUUACAUCUUUUUGUUUAUGUUGAAGGAGAUUGAUUACUUAGUUGAUAGUGGUGUUCAUUUUUCUUGUACAACAUUGGAUUAUUCCUUUAGCUUUUCUUUGCUCUCUUCACAAUUCACAAACCCCAACAAUGUGAAUUCAUCAGGGAUAGUGGUGUUCAUUUUCCUUUAUUUAUUUUGAAAGAAAAAAGUGGAAAUGGUGGGAUUUGGUAAAA